AUGACGACGCCUGAGCGAGGGAGCCCUGUUUGCCUGCAGGUCCAGGCAGGUCUGCUCUUCCUCCCGGGAUUAUUACAGGAAAUUUCCUCCGGGGACUAUGUCCCAGAGGCCAGGGAAGGAAAUAAAACACCUGUUACCUUCCGCACGCCCAGCGCCUGCCGCGAGGAGAUGGAGCUGCUCUUCCUACGCAAGAUGGCCUAUUCUGAGAGCGACCCUGGCGAGAACCAGACCAUCUCUGAUGUCUUCAUCCUGGUGGGGUUUUCAUACCUUCAUGAGCUACAAAGUCUACUGUUUCUUGUGUUUCUUUUCACCUACCUGGUGACCGUGAUAGGGAACCUGCUCAUUAUCCUGCUGAUAAAGCUAAAUGACUCCCUCCACACCCCCAUGUACUUCUUCCUGGUCAACCUGUCCUUCCUGGAAAUCUGCUACACCACCAGUGUGGUCCCUCAGCUGCUGGUUCACCUUCUGGUGGAGGAAAAGACCAUCUCCCUUGAGGGCUGUAUGGCCCAGUUGUAUGUCUUCACUAUCAUGGGCCUCACAGAAUGCUGCCUUCUGGCAACCAUGGCCUACGACCGCUACGUGGCCAUCUGCCACCCCUUACACUACAUGACCAUCAUGAGCAGCCGGGUGUGUGCACAGCUCGCGGGAGCUUCAUGGCUCAUCGGUGUCUCAGUGGAAGUAGCUCAGACCACGUGGAUCUUCAGCCUGCCCUUGUGUGGCUCCCACCGCAUCCACCACUUCUUCUGUGACAUCCCACCUGUGCUGAAGAUGGCCUGCACAGAUACAUCAAAAAACGAGAUCGUGGUCUUAACCGUGUCGGUGCUGUUCAUCAUGAGUCCUUUCUUGUUGAUAAUCCUGUCCUACAUCCGCAUUAUCUCCACCAUCCUCAAGCUGCCCUCUGCAGAGGGGAGGCAUAAAGCCUUCUCCACCUGCUCCUCCCACCUCACGGUGGUGACUUUGUUCUACGGAACGGCCCUCGUCACCUACCUGAGACCCAAGUCUAGCUCUACCCCGGAGAGUGAUCAAAUGAUUUCCCUCAUGUACACAGUGGUGACCCCAAUGUUGAACCCCAUAAUCUACACACUGAGGAACAAAGAGGUGAAGGGCGCCUUGAGAAGAACGGUAAGAAAAAGUAUCUUUGCUCACAACCAGAGAAACUAG